GCUCAUUCUGGGCAGCCUGGUCACUCUGGACAGCGAGGGGUCAUUCCUAAACACGCAACGGGUUCCACGCCGAGCGUCACGACCGCGACGGCCAAGCGCAUAUUAAGUCGCCGUCAUACUCUUUCCUGGUGAAGAAGACAAGAAAAAACAAGAAUCGAGUGGUAAUUUAUGAACGCCCCCUGUCGGCCUGCCGGCCAUUUCUGCCAAGAAGCACAGCCAUGGCAUCGGCUGACACGGCUCCAGGCUCCAGCAUCUCUCCAGUCAGUUUGCAGACAACCACCAACUGGAACUGGAGCCGCGUUGAGCCGUGCCGGGAAGACGAAGACACGAAGACUCCACCGGCCUAGCGCAGUCCGGCCAGAGUCCGCCAGUUCGCCCCAGCGCCCCGGCGCGACAGCAGAUCAACGAGGGCACGGAGCAGCAUGGACGCCGUCGUGAGAUUAACAGUGGCGGUGCUGGUGGCCGCGGCGGGCACCGCCUCCGCGCAGGACGCCGACCCGGGCACCACUGUCACGCCCACCUUGUACGAGCUGAGCCCCGCCGAGUCCUGCAGCAUCUUCGGCGGCCCGGCCUGCGAGAUCACCACCAACAUCACGGGGUACUAUGACGCGUGCAACUGCCCGGACAGCUCCAUGGACCGGUGCGAGUGCGUCAUGUUCUACCAGUGCGACAACUCGACCGGGGCGUACGACGAGGACGGCAAGGGGCUGCUGGACAUCAGGAAGAAGGACGGCUGCCCGCAGGUGGAGCUGCGGUGCUGCAAGGUGCCGGGCGGUACCGGCAACACGCCGCCGCCGGUGCACCCCAACUACCCCACCAACAAGCCCCACGGCGUGCCCGCGGACGAGUGCGGCGUGCGCAGCGAGGGCGGCAUCGCCUCCAAGAUCACCAACAACGAGGACAGCGAGGCGGGCUUCGGCGAGUUCCCCUGGAUGGUGGCCGUGCAGCUCCGCGCCAGGGCGCUCGACGCCCCGGACGUGUUCAAGUGCGGCGGCGCCAUCCUGCGCCGCGACGUCGUCCUCACGGCGGCGCACUGCAUCAAGGGGCAGACGGUGAGCCGCCUGCGGGUGCGCGCGGGAGAGUGGGACCGCGAGUCCACGUCGGAGCUGUACCGCCACCAGGACCGCGACGUGGCCAGGGUGGAGAUCCACGACAAGUACUACGGCGGCAACUUCCGCUACGACCUAGCGCUGCUCUUCCUGAGGGACCCCUUCGAGCUCGGCCACCACAUCGGCACCGUCUGCCUGCCCCCGGCCGGCGACGGCACCGUCUACGACGGCCAGCGCUGCGUCGUGUCGGGCUGGGGCAAGGACAAGCUGGAGGACCGCUGGCCGCACCGCUACCUCAAGAUGCUGGAGCUCAACAUCACCCCCAAGGACUCGUGCGAGAGGCUGCUGCAGGCCACCAUGCUCGGCGUGGACUACAAGCUGCACGAGAGCUUCAUCUGCGCGGGCGGCGAGGAGGGCAAGGACACGUGCAAGGGUGACGGCGGCAGUCCGCUGGUUUGCACACAGCCGGACGGCCACUACCAGGUGGUGGGGGUGGUGGCGUGGGGGGUGGACUGCGGACUGCCCAAGGUGCCGGGGCUGUACGCCAACGUACCCCUGGCGCGGGGCUGGAUCGACAAGCACCUGGGCCUCCAGUAGGGGGACGCCGUCGAGCACGCCGUCAUGGGGACGUGCAGCGCGGCGCGCACCAGGGUGGCGUGACGCACGCGCUCUCCUUGACGUCACGCGCGUCGCGCCCGGUGACGUCGCGGGGGCCGCGCGCCUCGCGUCAUCGCCAGUCAUUGCAGGGAGAGGCUGCAGAGGCAGUGCAGAGACUCGCCCGCUCGCCAGCCAUAGCGCAGCCAUGGCGCAGCCCAGCCGGCCAAUGCGGUGCACCUGGUGCAGCCCUGCAGGCGCCACGCCGACGCCACCCGCCAACCAGCGACGGCGACGAAGCAAGCAGCAAGCAGCGAGACUACCGGCCCCAACCACCCAACCACCUUUCGGCGGGAAUCCCCCGACCGGUUCGUUCAUUCGGCCGUUUGCCUUCGGAGGCGUUCGGAAGCAGCCGAAGACGCGAACCGCUCGGAAACACCGAAACACUGCUUCGCUGCUUCCUAUUCCUGGACGUCCCGGGAAAUUGAGAGCUGUCAACCGGGUUGGGCCACGGCCGCACGGGCGCACGGCGGGCGCCAGCACUCGCUGCCCAUCCCGGCAGGCCGACAGCGUCAGAGGGAAUUCCCAGCGACCGCGCCAAGCACUUGUGCUCACUGACUGCUUGUACUUUGUGAUUAACGAAAUAAACGCAACGCCUCUCGGGGCCCACGCUGUGGACAGAA